AUGUCCUUCAAUUCCACGUACCACUACAGUUUACCGGAGGACGAAGAACUGCAGCUAUCCGCUGCAUACUGCUACCCGCAGCCGCAACGAGGAGAAGGUGCUUACUUUGUUUUGACGCUUUACGGAGGUUCUUUUUUUUUUUUCAAGGCGUACAGUUGGACUCCCUCGUAAAUCUAGCCCGAGCUUUUCCAUCGCUCGUUCGUCACGUCGUGGUCUUACGGGCUAAAUACGUGAGCUGCAGAUGACUUUCAUUUGAGCGAUGGAGUUGCGAAUGAAGGUAAUCCAAUUGUAAAUACCGUAGUUAGACUAUUGUAAAAAGCAGCUAUCGCCAAUAUGAAUAUGUAUCCAUUUUACGUUCAUGCGCGCUUUCGCUUGUGUAUUACUCAACAUGAACUCAUGUGGACGAACAGGUGCCAUAAACCCGGCGACGAUGAUCAUGGGCGACGCCCAUACGGCGCUUCCAUAUGGAGCAUCGUGCUCGCCCAAUGGGGUCGUGAUUCCGCCUUACUGCUUCUGGGGACAUCAUGGUGGACAAGACGAUCGGGGGUCACCAGUCGACUCAUCUGAACGAGGGCGCAGCUCGGUUCGUAGCUCUCCGGCGUUGCGCGCACCCUCGACGACGCCUUCGCGCACACCGUCCCCGGCACAUUGGGAGCAGUAUUCGGGCGCAUCUUCUUUUCCCUCGGCGUCAUCGGGUUGAAGAGAGCUGCAUCGGCGAUUUUUGGUGCCAGCCUGCAACUUCUUGAAUCUUUUUCCACAUGCCAAAGCGGAUUUGAUGGAAUAUCAUUAUCAAUUUAUCAAUAUGUAAGCCCAACAGAGAAGCGGUGUCACCUGCGCAUCAGUUCUUUUGAAGCCGUUCGCAUAUCAAUACUUAUCAUUAUCUACUACUUAUACUGCUAAAGCUCAUCUCAAGCAGUACUGAAGAGCUCCUGGCGCGUCAAUCAUUUCUUAGUCUUACCGAACGCGGCAAGCAUCACAUCAAGAGCAACUAACGCGCAAAGGCACGCCAGCUCGAUAAAGUUGUCCGAAUGACGCUGGCAUUCUUUUAGCAAUUUACUCAUACUAACUUAAACUUAAUCGCGCAUGUUGAUGCUUUCGCUUUCGAGCUGUAGUUGCUCGACGUGAUUUCAAAUUAAAAGUAAAGACCACUAGCAUUGUGAAGCGCUACAUCUACAUCAACUAAACAAGUUUAUAUAUAACUGCGAGAAUGACAGGAAGGGGGAAGGGUUGUAAAGAUGUUGAAGGAAUAACCUGGGCAGUAUUUGUAUUUAAGAUUCAGUGUAAGGUCGUAUAGAUAAAAAAAAGCAAUAUUUUACAAGCUACAAAAACUUGGUUAGGAUUCGCUUCAACAUGGGGCCCUUUCCUUUGUGAAACCUGAAGCGCCCGAGGUCAAGAUGAAUCCGAAGCUUACUAUUCGUAAUCUUUUUCAUCAAUAUCCGGUCAUUCAUCUUUUAUUGCACUUCAACUGCAGUGCACUUGGGAGGCGAUGAUCGCGAUGGUGUUGGUAACGCUAAAUCUUAACUCCAACGGAAAAUAUAAAUGCCACGCGUUUUGUCGAUGAGGGUGAUGAUGAUGUAGACGUUUACGCCCGCAAGGGUCUCAUUCCGGCGGACAGACUCAAAAAAAGUGCAUUUAUGCUGUAGUUGUUGGCGAUAAGAAAUAAAACGAAACGCAAACACAAUCGCGCAAGAAUUUUUAGGGUAUUGAACGAAUUCCUACAUCCUCGUAGUACUAGAUCGAUUUCUCAAGCAAAGACCUUGACCUCAGGCAUUGAGGCACCAUAUGAAUCUGAUCUCAGUGGCAGGCGGCCGUCAGUGCUACUAACACUCUAAUAUGACAGACAAGAUUGAUAUUUACCUUCAGCGUAUUAGAAGUUUUCUGCACAGGCAUCCACACAGACCUUGGAAGUUGUAGUAGAAACAGCGAGGCGCUCCGGUAAAGAAGACGCAAGAGAGUGGGCUGGUUUUACUACUUCAUAACCAUGCGUCGGAGCAUCAGUAGGCUGUACCUGUAGCUGUACUAGAUUUCGAUUUGUCGAUGUUUUACACGUGUGAAGAUAGAUGUGAUAUUAGAGCAAACAGGGUGUGAUUAGCAUUAGAACAACUUAAUAAGCGCAAGUCGUUAUGAGUGCAGUGGCAGAAGAUGUGCCCUUCACGAAAUGACGAAGGGAGCAAAGAAACUUCACGCAGCUUGCUGCGCUUCUGCGCUGGCAAUCUUGACCGUGCUGAGUGAGAAGAUGAAAUCGACCUCAUCUCGCUCGCUUUUAACCUGUGAAGAAGAAAUAGAAAAGCAAGACUGCGCGAAAAUGCAGAUACAACAGGUAGAUAUCAGCUCUACAUGAGGGCGCUCUGAUGGCGCUGGGAUUGUAGUUGCGUAAAGAAGCUACAACAACAACGCGCUUGUUCGUUCAGUACUUCUGAAGGUACGUACCACGGAUAAACACCCAGCACGGUCGAUUCUGAGACAAGAACACCAGCAACAUCGAUUAUAGUAUAGAAGAACAACAAGAUGAAAUACAGUUUUAGAAGUCCUCGUGUAUAGUUUGAUUUUGUAUAUAUUUUGAUGAAAAUCUUUCACGUUGAGAAGGAGCUGAAAAACCGGAGGCGUGCUUCGGCCUAGAACACAAAAAACGACUAUCUUAAAGUUAGUAUUUUUCACCUUCUUGUACUACCCAUAUAUGAAUAUGAUUGUAUGCUGAUCAGUUCUAAUCGUACUUGUAUUGCAGACAGCGGAAAGAAGAUCUCGCUCAUAGCAGCUUUUUCAUAGGAAGCGACCGAAUAGGAUGAAUAAAUAGCCCUUAUCCGCUCAGAAAGUUAGAUAGUAGCAGCGGCUGAUGCUGAUCUGUUGCCUAGAAAUG